AUGGUUUCUGCUUCUGCGUUCUUCGUCGCCUGCACGGCUAUUGCCGGUGUUGUGGCCGCGCCUGCCGGCCUCGAGCCUCUGGACGGUCUUCACGAGAAGAUUCAGAGGUCAACUCCUGCCGGAACCGGCACGAACAAUGGCUUCUUCUACUCGUUCUGGACCGACGGAGGCGGCAGUGUCACCUACAACAACGGACCCGCUGGUUCGUACGAUGUGCAAUGGAGCAACGUCAACAACUUUGUUGCCGGCAAGGGCUGGAACCCAGGUUCUGCCCGCGUCAUCACAUACAACGGUACCUGGAACGGUGCCAACGUCAACAGCUAUCUGUCCGUCUACGGCUGGACCAGGAACCCCCUGAUCGAGUACUACGUCGUCGACACGUAUGGCACGUACAACCCAGGCUCUCAAGCCCAGAAGAAAGGUCAAGUCACCAGUGACGGAGGCACCUACGAUAUCUACCAGACCAAGCGUGUCAACCAGCCGAGUAUCGAUGGUACCGCGACCUUUGAUCAGUUCUGGAGCGUCCGCACUAGCAAGCGUGUUGGGGGCACCGUCACCGUGCAGAAUCACUUUGAUGCUUGGGCCAAGUAUGGCUUGAAGCUUGGCACCCACAACUACCAGAUUGUUGCCACCGAGGGUUACCAAAGCAGUGGGAGUGCCAAGAUCACUGUCUCGGGCCCAUAG